AUGGACACCCUACUCUCUUCACCAGCAUAUUACCCUGGGCCGGUCAAUUGCCCCGUUCUGCCAAGUCACCGCAUGGAUGGCUUGAAAGAACGCGAGCCAUCAAGGGCAGGAGACCUAUACACAGCAGAGAUCGGUCAGACGGUCAACACCAUCAACCAUCAGAGAAACGCGGUCAAGUUGAUCAUGGCGAGAUGGUCCGCCGUAGACCCAGUUCACUACCCAACUAUUCUGGGCGUGAGCCAAAACAACAGUAAAAGUGAGGACGUAGAGGCUGUAGUCAGCAUGGUGAAUACCAUGCAGACCAGCUGGAUCGGCCAGUCCUCCUGGGUCCAAGGCUAUAUCAAGGAAGAGACUGAUUGGCACGAUCUCCAAGCCCAUGUCAACAAUCUCAACCGAUUUCGACUCCUGCUCAAGGUACCACAGCAAAAUGAGACUCCCGUGCAGAGGACCGCCUGUCGAGCUCUGCAGCGCGCAUACAAGAAAGCAGUUAGGAUUCAUACUGAGCACACCCAGACAGGUGACCUCUAA